AUGUUCGCCUGUUUCUUGUUAGGCAGUGUUGUGGCCUAUAACCUAGUCAUGGUUAUUUAUCGUCUUUAUUUUCACAAACUCAGUAGGUUCCCAGGGCCUCGCCUUGCUGCCGCUACAGGGUUGUAUGAGGUUUACUUUUCUACCUGGGGUCCUGGCAUUUUUGAGUAUGAGAUUGACAAUAUGCACCGAAAGUUUGGUCCGGUUGUUCGUAUUACUCCCGAGGAGGUCCACAUCCAAGAGCCGUUCGGGACAUCCAGCAAUUCUGACGGCUGGAUCAAAGGUACCCAGGAACUGGGAUCUGGCUAUUACCAAGGACGCAGCAACCAUGGUUUCCAGUACAAGAGACCGUCAAUCUCCCGAAUACGAUCUCUGCUCCGGGUGGAAGUCAAUCAUAUUAUCAACGCCUUCAUCGAGAAACAUCAAGUGCAUAGAAUGUUUAGCUCAAGGCCUCGACUAUUUCUCGUCUCCACUUGGAGCGAGAAGAAAGUUCAGCCAGUUGGAGAAAGUGAAAUUGAAGGAGAUGCUCGUUCUUCGCAAUCUAAGUUUAUCCCAACACUUUGA